AAAAAAAAAGGCUGAAAUUUGUCAGAAAAACUCUGUCACUUGCUUUAACUCCACCCCUCUCUCUCUCUGGUUUUUGGCCUAAUCUGAAUUCUGAAUUCUGAAUUCUGAAUUCUGAUUCAAAUUUGUUUGUCGAUCGAUCUUCAUUCUUCGCUGCGGUUAAUUCAAAUCCUGCGCUGCAUUGAGAUUCGAGCUCAUGCUUCUCAUCUCCUCCUAUGGAAGUUCAUCCACUUCAGAGCAUUUAUUCUUCAGAAACUGUGAGAGUAGCAACGCCGCUGAAGGCCGGCGAGGCGGCGAUGACCGUGACGACGAUGGAGGUGAAAAUGGAAAGCAGGUGGCCGGAAAACGACGAGCUAUCAGCGCCGAUUAAUCUCGGUCUACAGAUUGGCACCAAUUCGGCGGGAAAUCAAAGCGAGAGAACCUCGAUUGUUCACCGGCGGACGGAGUCUCUUCUUACAGUUGGCCAAUUGCACGAGCUUCAACAGCAGGUUCUCAUUCACAAGCAUCUGGUUGCUGGUCUCCGUGUUCCUACGCACCUUCUCAUUCCGAUUUGGAAGAGCGUCGUCAGGAACUUAGGCUCUAAUAUCAAUGUUAUAGGAUUCAGUCAUCUGGGAAUUGACUACAGGAGUAUGAUGGAUCCCGAACCAGGGAGAUGUAGAAGAACUGAUGGGAAGAAAUGGAGAUGUAGCCGGAAUACUGUUCCACAUCAGAAAUACUGUGAACGGCAUAUGCAUAGAGGCCGACAGCGUUCAAGAAAGCCUGUGGAAGCUUCUGAAAACGACUCUCCUUCAAAGAGAAUUCUACUCAAUAAUCCAGACGAAGUCGUAAGAUGCACGGUUGUUGCUCCUGCCUCUACCAUUUGUGGGAAUAACAAAACCAAGAACACCUUUCCCCCCAUCGAAUCCGUAGUCCCCGGUCCCGAAACAGUUGCGGAAACCAUUACCAGUAGCACGCAUGCAGCAACAGCCAUUCUUACCAGCUGUGCUGAUGCAACCAGAACCAUCAGAAUGGUCCCUGCAAGUGCUCCCAACACCAUUGCUACACAUAUUACAGCAGUUCCUUGCUCUAAUCCAACUGCCGUCACCAGCAUUCCCACUAGUUACAUGAUUGAGUCGAAAGAUGUCUACAACAUUAGUUGUCGUGAGAAUUUCAGCAGGAGCCGUAACAUCUUUGGCCGAAGUGAUACCAAUGUCCAGAAGAUCCCACCUCCAAGUUUAGGGUUCUCUCCUAACAGUGUUCUUCAAGUUCCAGGUUGCAGCAGCUCGUACUGUGACAGUAAAAUCAACCUUGAACUUGAACCAGGAAGGUGUAGAAGAACGGAUGGGAAGAAAUGGCGAUGCCGAAGAAACGUUAUUCCAAAUCAGAAAUAUUGUGGACUGCACAUGCACAGGGGUUCAAAGAAGCAUUCAAAAGUCGCCCAAAACGAAACCGUUCUUUCGCUUUCUGCUGCUACCACUGGCACUCUGCUACCUUCAGCAACAAUGCUGCUCACAAAACCCGACCCUGCAACCCCAAACACAAAUCUCUCAAUGUCGAUCCAGGCAGGCGAUAAACGGAGACACGACGAAGAAAGGAGCAAUGUCAGCAGUAGCAGCGAGACCACCAUUAGCGAUACCACGAUCACUGCCUACGAAAGCAUUUCUCCUUGAGAAGAAGGUACGAAUCAGAACCCCUUGGCCCUGGAAUUCUUCUAUAUCUGCUGUUUUAUUUUAGUUCCUACCAUUUUGGGCAAUCAGACAAGAGAAUAUCUUGUCUUGGGAGACAAGAGUAAUGGUUAGAGCUACACGGAAUAGUAAUUUUCUUGUAAUUAUGUUUAGAUGUAAAGCUUUUGAGUAACGUCCAGCAAGUCCCUGUUUUGUGAUCUCUAAAACCUCACUGAAAAGUGAAAAAGAGAAGUUUGGAUAUGGGUUUAUAUAUGUGUUUUGAUCUUUGGAUAGUUAACAAAUGUGCGCCAAUUUUGUAAAGCAACUCUUCAGUUCAUUCUGAUUCAUCGGCUGAGGGCGUGGAGUUCUUUAAAAAAGGUGCAUUUUUCUCUCUGAUUGCAUAUCAAUAAAAGGUAAGUUUUCUAUACUGA